CGACGAGUGGGCAUCAGGUAUCCGAGAGUCGGCGAUCUCCGAGCUUAGCAGUUUGGUAAGUUUGAACGCACGGCGUCGUCGUUUCGUUUCGUGCACGGAACUGGUUAACUCUUUAAAGGCGGAAAAGGAAGGCGCGGAAAAAGACGAGGACGAAGAAGAAGAAGAAGAAGCGGGAUCGGAUCGUUGGACGGAGUACCCGAUACAUAGAUCGGCGCGCCGAUCGAUCGAACCGUUCGAGCCUGCUCGGGUUUGGAGCGCGUCGGCGAGAAGGAUUCGUACCGCGAUCGCGAUGAAUCUUCUCGUUUGCACGAUAUUCCUCGCGUCCCUCUUGCUUCUGGCGUAUCUGUACGAUAGAAGCCGGAAGAAGGUGGCGCGUCGCCUUCCUCCCGGGCCCUGGCAACUUCCGAUCGUCGGAUACCUUCCGUGGAUCGACGCGAAGAAACCGCACGAAACUCUGACCAGACUGGUCAGAAGUUACGGGCCCGUUUGCGGGCUUCGCAUGGGUUCCGUCUAUACCGUUCUCCUCUCCGACCCUCGUCUGAUCAGGGAGGCCUUCGCGCAGGACGCGUGUACCGGUAGAGCACCGUUGUAUCUCACCCACGGAAUCAUGCAGGGAUACGGCCUGAUCUGCGCCGAGGGCAAUCGAUGGAAGGACCAAAGGAAAUUCGUUAGCCGUUGCUUGAGAAAUUUUGGUAUGGUGAAGCACGAAGGUUCGAGGCGCGACAGCUUGGAAGAAAGAAUAUCGCGUGCCGCGGACGAAUGCGUAUCGAAACUCGGUCAACGUUCGUCGAACGGACCGAUCGAUCCUAUGGACACGUUGCACCAUUGCAUCGGCAAUCUGGUGAACGAUAUCGUUUUUGGAAAGACCUACCCCGAGGACGACGGAGUUUGGAAGUGGUUGAGGCAUUUGCAAGAAGAAGGAGUCAAGCAUAUAGGCGUCGCUGGACCGUUGAACUUCCUACCUCUCCUCAGAUUUUUACCACGAUUCGGCGAAACGAUACGAUCCAUCCUCGAUGGAAAGGAGAAGACUCACGAAAUAUAUCGCGGCAUACUCGAAGAUCGCCGCGGCCGCGGCCGCGGCCGCGGAACCAACGGCGCGACGAGUCUUCCUACGGACGACGAGAACUUUUUAGCCGCGUUCGACGAACGGAUGAGCAAGGAGACGACGGCCGAGGAUAAUUAUUACACCGAACCGCAACUCUUCCAUCUGCUGGCCGAUCUCUUUGGCGCCGGAACCGACACGACUUUGACGACUCUGCGCUGGUUCAUCCUCUUCUUGGCGGUCCAUCCGAAAGAACAGGAGAAGCUUCGGGAGGAGAUGGACCGAUGUUUGAACGAAACGGAGUAUCCGAGCUUGAAGAGCAGACCCUCGAUGCCGCGCCUCGAAGCAGCCAUGGCCGAAGUGCAAAGACUUCGCAGCGUCACCCCGUUGGGUAUUCCGCAUGGAACGUUGGAGGAUACUCGGAUCGGCGGAUACGAUAUCCCGAAGGGCGCCAUGAUCGUGCCGAUGCAAUGGGCGGUUCACACCGAUCCGACUUAUUGGCCGGAUCCUCUCGAAUUUCGGCCGGACAGAUUUCUCGCGGAGGACGGCAGCUUCUUCAAGCCGGAUUCGUUUCUCCCCUUUCAAAGCGGAAAGCGCGUCUGCGUUGGAGAAGAACUCGCGAGAAUGACAUUGUUUCUCUACGCUGGAAGGAUUCUCCGAAAGUUCGACGUGUCCAUACCGCCGGACGAAACCAUCGAUCUCGAGGGCGACUCUGGUAUCACGCUGGUUCCGAAGCCUCACCGACUGAUGUUCGCCGAAAGACGUCGAUAACGGACGAGUGCUCGUUUCCGCUUCGUUCGAUCGAUCGUUCCGAAUCGAUCGCGACCCAACAUUUUAUUUUCCAAAGCGUUUCUGUAGUCUAUGUAGGCUGAACGUUUUUCGUUCUCGUUAAAUACAUUCGUUUCCCAUG